AUGAACGACACGUCUCACCCACGAUUGCGAAAGCCAACCAAGACUGGCCCUGAAAGUAUGUCUGGGUCCUUCAGCACAAACGAGAUUGGAGAGCAAGACCCAUUGCUCAGAGAAGCCUUCGGGCGUGAAAACAACGGGGAGGAAUCUGCGGCGUUGCGUGACACGAACCCAUCCAAGCUGAAACGCGUACUGUUCCUAGGCAAGUCUGUUUUACGUGUGUUUAAGACGACUCUGGCAUGCAGCUACAGCAAUUUGCUUUUGCCCUGUGUGUUUCUUGGGAUUAUUGCAGGGGGUCAAGGGUGGGGUGAUUCGAUCUCCUUCGUGUGCAAUUUCUUGGCGAUUCUCCCUCUUGCUGCAUUGUUGUCAUUCGCCACGGAGGAACUCGCGAAGAGUGUCGGGCAGACGGUUGGGGGGCUUAUCAAUGCGACAUUUGGAAAUGCAGUCGAGAUGAUCGUGGGCAUUACUGCAGUUAGACAGGGAGAAAUUAGCAUCGUGCAAUCUAGUAUGGUGGGCAGUAUCUUGUCAGGAAAUCUUCUGAUCCUCGGCGCUUCAUUAUUCUGCGGCGGCUAUGCAAAAGAUUCAGUGACUUUCAACGUCGAUGUUAGUGGGAUAUUAUCAUCCUUGAUGGUUGUAUCAUCUGCCACACUAAUCAUUCCAUCUGUGCUCUAUUCAACCAUACCAUCCAAGUCAGAGGAGGUGGAAGUCAGUGUCCUGACUCUCUCCCGCGCCGCCUCCGUGGUCCUACUCACAUUCUACCUGGUCUAUCUCUACUUUCAACUGAAGAGUCAUUCCGACCUGUUCGUCGAUGACGACGCAGGUGAAGAGGAAGAGCGCGCUCUAGGCCCUUGGUCGGCUAGCAUCGUUUUGAUUUUUGCAACUCUCGGGGUUACCGUCUGCUCUGAUCGUCUAGUAGACAGCGUCGACGGGUUUGUGGAGAAAUGGCAUGUGAGUCGGGCUUUCAUUGGGCUGAUUGUGGUUCCCAUUGUUGGCAAUGCGGGAGAGUUCAAUACUGUCAUUAAUUCCUCCAUCAAGGGCAAUAUGGACCUCGCAGUUGGUGUGAUCGUGGGGAGCACAUUGCAAAUUGCUUUGUUUGUAAGCCCCUUCCUGGUAAUGUGUGGUUUGGUGAUUGGGCAGCCCAUGUCCUUGCGCUACAGUCCGUUUGAAACUGUGGUCUUCUUCCUCUCGGUGAUAGUGAUGGACUGCUUGAUCCGAGGAGGGAGAUCCAAUUACUACGAGGGGUCUUUAUUGGUCGGAACGUAUCUCAUCAUCGCCAUUGCAUUCUUCGUUCACCCAGAUGCCGUCGACGCAUCCUUGGUUUAA